GCGGCGCUGAGGGAAGGCGGCGGCGGCGGCGGCGGAGCAGCAGGUACGGGCGGGAGCCGCCGAGCCUCCGGCCGGAGCCGCUGCCCCGAGCCCCGCUCCCCGCCCGAGGGGGCUCCGCUCCGCUCCGCUGCUCAGCGCGGCUCUGCGCUCCCUGCAGGUCACCGCUGGGAGGGCGCCGUCCCGCCCGCAGCGCUCCGCAUGCGGCCGGUGGACACGGAGUGGAACAAGGCCCGGGGAGGGCAAUUGAACACUUAACUGUUUGUAGCGGCAGUUAUAUGCUUGCUUUUCUCACAGCGGUCAUCUUUUCUCCAUAUAUAUAUAUGUAUGUAUAACCUCUCCUUUGAGAAUGUACUUCUGCCUCGCCUGCAAGAGGGUAAAAUGAAGGGCUUCGAUUAAAACGUGAAAUAUAUCUGUGAAGAACAGAAUGUGUAGUGACAUUAAAGCUCUGGUUGAUUUUAAUGUGUGUAUUUACAAUGUGUUUUAUAGGUCAGUUUGCUUAAAUAGUGCCCAAGGAAAGAGGAUGGAACCAGAAAAGACUGCCAAGCAAAGAGUCCUCGUUACUGGAGGAGGUGGCUAUUUUGGCUUCCGUUUAGGCUGUGCCAUAUACCAAAAGGGAGUAGAUGUGAUUCUCUUUGAUGUCAUGAAGCCACUUCAAACCGUGCCAGAGGGAAUAAAGUUCAUGCAAGGGGAUGUCCGUUGCCUGUCUGAAGUGGAAGAGGCUCUUAGAGAUGUAAUCUGUGUAUUCCAUAUUGCGUCCUACGGAAUGUCUGGCAGGGAGCAGCUGAACCGAAAACUUAUAGAAGAUGUUAAUGUAAAAGGAACAGAAAAUGUCAUCCAAGCCUGCAAGAGCACAGGAGUGUCGAGUCUGGUUUAUACAAGCACAUACAACGUGAUAUUUGGAGGCCAGAUCAUAGAAAAUGGGGAUGAAUCACUGCCUUAUCUACCUCUUCACCUUCAUCCAGAUCACUACUCCCGGACCAAAUCUUUAGCUGAAAUGAAGGUGCUGGAGGCAAAUGGUGCUGAGCUUGGAAACGGGAAAGGUGUAUUAAGGACUUGUGCUCUCCGACCAGCAGGCAUCUAUGGGCCUGGAGAACAAAGACACCUUCCAAGAAUAGUUAGUUACAUCGAAAGGGGACUGUUUAAAUUUGUAUAUGGAGAUCCUCUUAGUUUAGUGGAAUUUGUACACGUAGACAAUCUAGUUCAGGCUCAUAUCCUUGCCUCUGAGGCCCUCAAAGCCAACAAAAAGCACAUAGCUGCAGGCCAAGCGUAUUUUAUUUCAGAUGGCCGGCCUGUAAAUAACUUUGAAUUCUUCCGCCCGCUGGUGGAAGGUUUGGGUUACAAGUUCCCAACCUGUCGUCUUCCUCUCUCCCUUGUCUAUUUUUUUGCAUUCCUUACCGAAGUGGUUCAUUUUCUGGUAGGACAUGUUUAUAAUUUUCAGCCUCUCCUCACUCGCACAGAGGUUUACAAAACUGGGGUCACACAUUAUUUUAGUAUGGAGAAGGCCAGAAAGGAGCUGGGGUACGAGCCUCAGCAGUACAGCCUGAAUGAUGUGGUUGAGUGGUUUAGAUCUCAGGGGUGUGGAGCAAAGCCAAGAAAAUACACCAUUAUCCAUCUUGUGAGAGAUGGAGCACUGCUCAUGCUGCUGAUUGCAGUGGUGGUCUCGUGGUUUCCAUCUGCGGUUACAUUUUCACUCUGAAAGGUGAAGCACUGAGCACGGAGGACAGAAUUUAGUUAUGUUCUCUGAGUACUCUUGGUUUUGACAGACAGGAAAUCAGAAUUAAAAAAAAAAAAUCAACCACAUAUUUGUGUCAUUCAGGUACAUAUCUUUAAUAGUUUUAUCCCCAAAGAACAGAACUGCUGCAUACAAAGGUGUAAUUUUUAUAAAUAAUUCCUCUCCAAAGUUAAAUCGAUCAGAUCGCUAACAUCAUGAAGCUCAGUAUUACAGUAACAGCAUUUUAAUUCCAGGUACAACAGCACACUACAGUGAGUAGAACAAACAUCCCCAGACAGACCCUUCUUCUUCCCUGAUGGGAUGAUACUCUUGAUCCAUGCCAUUUAUUCCUGAAGAGUUUGUGCUACAUGAUCCAGAGGACAAUAAACUUACUCUUUGAUCACAUUCCAAAACCAAAUUCUGCUUUCCAGCUUGGAUGUAUGUAUGCCUAACCAAGAUUAACUGAUAAACUACUAGACAAUAAAUAAAUGCCUUGGGUUGGUUUUUUUUGAUGAAUGCAUUCUGGUGUGUUUUCUGAGUUACCUCUGCAAUAUCUAAUGACACUUCUCUAAAACGCACAAGUGUUAAUCUAAAUUAUAGGAAAGUACUUGAAGCAGCACAGAUCUGCAGGUUUUUCUAACAGUAAAAUAUGCUUGUUCAAAAUGAAUGAGCCAGCUAAAGUGCAUUCAUAAAUAAGACCUAUGAUUUUCCCCAGCAUUAUUGAAUGGUUAAACAAAUAAUCCAUCAAAGACAUUCAGGAAGUGAUUACAUUCACGUUGCACUGUUUAUGUAGCAUUUUUAGCCUUUGAUAAUAUUUCUUUAACACCUGACACCACUGGAAUAGAACUUCCUUUCUUGUAGAGUGAUGAACACUUGAUAUGACAAUACUCAUAAUUUUGUGGAGGUUUUGAGAAUAGAAAAUAAGACCUUGUUACGUACAGGUCACUACUGUCUCUAGCAACUCCCUCAACUCUGUCAGUUUAAUAUGAGAGAAACUUCACCUCAAAAUGUUAAAUGAUGAAAUUGUUUUCCCUUAAUCCAUCAGCAUUAUGGUUUCAGUACCUCUUGGUGAAAGGACAAUCCUUCAAGAAGUUUACACUUCUCUUCAAACUUUAGUCCUUCCAUUUUAAUACCUGAAACUACACCAAUCUUAAAUGAAUUUUGUGUAAGCUGCAGUUAGCCCUUCUGUUAAGCUGUACUGUGAUUUAAAUGGGGAAGUGGAGAGACAGUAGUUCUACCACAUUGGUAAAGGAUUCUCAGAAAACAAAAAUGCCUGAAUAGAGAAACCAAGCAAAGAGUGCUGCUACCCAUGUUUAUAGAUGGAGAUUUUUGUUAAUGAUACAUGAUGCCUGAAGACAGCAUUACUUUUUAAAUAUUGAGUUUUUGAGAAUUUUACCUCUAAAAACCAAAAAACAAAAAUCACAAUUGAUAACUACAUGUUUUCUUUCCUUGAAAUUUGACUUUACUCCUCCUUCAUUCUCCUACCAGUAUGUAAAGAAACCACCAUGAGAGGAAAUAAACGUAAUACUUAGCUUGAGGGACAGCUCGAGAGAACUGAACUCCCCCUCUCUCCCUACUUUUUUCCCCCCUAUAUACUUUAUAUACUCAUGCAUAAAGAGCUUUUGUGCCUCCAGCAGAGUGAGGGUGGCAGAAGGGCCGCUUUCCAGAAGUCAUUAAUACACAGCAUCAUAGUCUGCAGAAGAAAGAAACCUUUUUAAUGAAACAGAAAAAAAGACUGUCAUGACCCCAUGAAAGCACUGGACCGCUGUUCUCUUUCCAACAAGGCCAUUUUUUCAAGCAAAAGCCACUGGGUUAUUUUCCCCUUUUAAGUUCUCUGGUUUUGACCCAGUGUUAUCAGAAAUAGAUAAGAAAUUUUAAUGCCAGCAGAAGCAAGAGACAAAAACAAAAUGUACAAUGAAUUGCACAAUCCUGUUGCACAGAACCAUUAUAACAGUAUUUCAUCCUAAGUCUUGUAAAAAUAUGGGACAUAACUCCUGUGCCCCAGAGGAAUUUCUUCUGCUAUUUGUGAUCUCUUUAUUAAGCAAAACUCAGCUACUGCCACUCAUAAUUAGCUCAGUGGUGGGGUUAGUGGAAAAAUCUAUGACAGGGUCCUAAACUUAUGAAGCCUAAAUUUACACUGUCAAAUACCAGCUGAGGUCAAAGCCCUGGACAGCUUUUGGGUACAGAAGAAGAGGAACCUUCUAAGAA